AUGUCAAGUAUAUCAAUUCAACUCUCAAGGUUUAAUCUACCUCAAGCUACAAAAUAUUUGAUUGGAUCAUUAAUUGGUUCUUCACUGUUUUUAUUAUUUCUAAGAUAUAAAACUUAUAACAGUUUAGUGGAAAUUGGUGAAAAAGAUGUUGAUUUUAGUAAAAUCAUUGUUCCUUAUUUACAAUUGAUUCCAAAUCAUACUUUAUUUAAUCCUUGGACUGUGGUUACUUCAAUUUUCGUGGAAACUAAUAUAUUCAAAUUUUUAAUUUCAAUUGUGGUUUUAUAUUUUGCAGGUAAAUUCAUUGAAAGAUCUUGGUCAAGUAAAGAAUUAAUCAAAUAUGUCGUUGUUAUUGGUGGUGUUACAAAUUUAUUAGUUUCUUUAUCACUAAUUAUUUCAAAUAUUUUCUUUAAAUCAGAAUUUUUUAAUAUCCCUGUUGAUACUAAUCUUUCAGUUUUAAUUAGUUUCUUAGUUGUCUUGAAACAAUUAAUCCCAGAACAUUCAUUAAAUUUGUUUAAAGGUGUUGUUAAUGCUAGAGUUAAACAUCUACCAUUUGUUGUCUUAUUAAGUAUCACAAUUUUUGCAAUUAUUACUUUCCAACCAGCUCCAUUUUUCCAAGCUUGGAUUGGAUUUUUAGUUUCAUGGUCAUACUUAAGAUUUUUUCAAUCUAAUAUUAUUGAUCCUUUAUUACCACAACCAAAUGAUGUUAUUGGUGUUCAAAGAUUAAAAGGUGAUGCUUCAGAAACUUUUAGUCUUGUUCAUUUCUUCCCAGAUGCUUUAUCACCAAUACUUUCACCAAUUUUCAACCAAUUUUAUGAAUUAUUUGUUCAAUUAGGAUUCUUAAAUAAAUUCAAUGAUUCAGAAAUUGAACAAGGUAAUUUAGUUGCAAAUAGAAGAUUAACAGGUCAACAAAAUGCUCAACAAGUUGAUGGUAGAAGAGAAGCUGAAAGAAGAAGACAAGUUGCUUUGAAAGUUUUAGAAGAAAGAAUCGGUGAAGAACCAUCAAAGAAACAAGUUGAAGAUUUAGCUUCUUCUUCUACAUAG